UUCGCAGCCUUAUAGACCUUCUUUCGUUUCGCUUUACUUCUGGGUUUCUUCUCUCUCUGCGUUUCUCUCGCGUUUCGGGGUUUCGUUAGCUAUCAGCUAAGUGCUUCCUUUUCUGUCUCUUUGUGGCCUCCGUCUUUUGCUUUCUGUUUCCCUUCCGAUUGAUUUUCUUUUUGUAAAUUUUUGCUUUACUAGAUUGAUAGUCUGCUGUUGGUUUAGAUCUAGGGUUUUCGAUCCCUGCUUUGGGUUUCCUAUUCUUUGUAAAUCUUAAUCUUCCUCUUUGAUUUGGGGAUCUAAGAUAUUCGUUUUCUGAAAAAUAUACAAUGAUUUUAGAUUUUCUAUGAGUUGCGCCAUACUCAUGCGUCGAGUUCGAAUCCUCCACUCCUUUUCGGUUGUGUUUCUUUACUGGUUCUACGUGUUUUCAUGAACUAGUUUCUUUGCACGUUCUGUUGAUUUUAUCCAUAUUCUAACUAAAUUUGUUAGAUAGAACAAACAUCUAUUAACAUUAGCUAAUCUAAGUUUUUUUUAGAAUUUUAUUUUUUGUUUGGAAAAGAAAUUCAAAUCUGCAAUGCAAAGGCAGGCAGCUAGCUCAGGAUCCGAUUCCGAUCCGCGUUAUGCGAAUAUCGUCGAUGAGAGGAAAAGGAAGAGGAUGAUAUCAAAUCGGGAAUCGGCCAGGCGAUCCAGGAUGAGGAAACAGAAGCUGAUGGAGGAUCUGAUUAAUGAAGCGAGCCGUUUGCAGAAUGAGAACGGUCAAUUGAUGCAGAGUAUCAAUGUUAAUAGCCAAAGGUAUGCGGAGAUCGAAAAUGCCAACAACGUUUUGAGGGCUCAAGUUAUGGAAUUGACCGAUAGGCUUCAGUCCUUGAACUCUUUGCUCCAGAUAGUGGACGAUGUUAGCGGCUUUGAGUUGGACAUCCCGGAAAUACAAGAUCCUCUGCUGAAACCAUGGCAACUCCCCUGCACCGUGCAGCCCAUCAUGGCAUCCGCCGAUAUGUUUCAGUAUUGAUAUGGCAUCUGUAUCGAGUUAGUGGAAUCUGGAGUGGAUAUGUUUGUUCUUUUAGGGGUAUUUUUGCUGGCUUGAGAGUUAAUGUACUAGCUUUUUGUUAUUUGAAGUUCUUUUCUUUUCUGUCGUGUUUUAGAAUGGUGUCGUUUGUCUUUGAUGGGAAUGGGUGUGUAGUUCUGUACGAAAUUUUCUAUCAAUCUUUGUAAUGCGUUAUGAUAAUGUGGCUGUUUUCUGUGUAGGAGAUUUGUUUAUUGAAUGUUGCAAUUCAGUGUUUGUGUAGGUUAUGGGAGAUUUUGUGCCAAUGUUGAUUCCUUA